GAGCCGGCACUUGGUGGCAUGUUGUCCCGCAGCUCCUCCAGAGAAGGUUGAAACGUGCAGACGGCGGGGGCGGGGGCGGGGGGGGGACGUCGGGGUAGCGGGCAGCCGGUUCGGGGGAGGAGAGGCCGAGAGAAGAAUGGUUAUGCCGGCUCCUCGUGCUCCUGUCGUGCUGCUGCUCUGUAGGCUGCGUGUCACUCGGGCACAGUCCUGCCUCUCCUCGACAUGAGCCUCGCAGGGAGGGUGUCCUGCUCCAUGCUCAACUGCUUUGGUGAAGAGGGGCCUCCCAGUCUGGAGUACAUCAAGGCCAAGGACCUGUUCCCCCAGAAGGAGCUGGUGAAGGAGGAUGAAAGCCUUCAGGUUCCUUUCCCAGUUCUUCAGGGGGAAGGGGUGGAAUAUCUUGGCCAUGCCGAUGAAGACAUCAUUGCCAUUUCAAACUACAGGCUCCACAUCAAAUUCAAGGACUCGGUAAUCAAUGUGCCUCUCCGGCUAAUCGAGAGCGUGGAGAGCAGAGAUAUGUUUCAACUGCACAUUAUCUGCAAAGACUCUAAAAUUGUCAGAUGCCACUUCUCCACCUUCAAGCAGUGCCAGGAGUGGGUGAAGCGUCUGAACCGGGCCAUCGCUCACCCGUCCCGGCUGGAGGACCUCUUCGCCCUGGCCUAUCAUGCGUGGUGUCUGGGCGGCAGCGCCGACGACGAAGACCAGCACGUGCAUCUCUGUCGUCCAGGUGAUCACGUGCGCCAAAGGAUGGAAAUGGAGGUGAAGAGGAUGGGCUUUGACACUCAGAACGUCUGGAGAGUGUCCGACAUCAACUGCAACUACAAGUUGUGCUCCAGCUACCCUCAGAAGCUCCUGGUUCCAAUAUGGAUCACAGACAAGGAGCUGGAGAGCGUGGCCUCCUUCAGGUCCUGGAAGAGGAUCCCCGUGGUCGUCUACAGACACCAGAGGAACGGUGCAGUGAUCGCCCGUUGCAGCCAGCCGGAGAUCAGCUGGUGGGGCUGGAGGAACACGGAUGACGAGUAUCUCGUAACGUCCAUCGCGAGGGCCUGUCAGAUGGACACCGGGGCCAAGGGCCCGCCGGCCGGACGGCAGCGUGGGGACGCGCACGACUCGUCAGACAGUGAUUUUGACUCCUCUCUGACGGGCGCCUCCGGCUGCGACGACAACGCUGUGCCCCAGAAGCUGCUGAUCCUCGACGCUCGCUCGUACACCGCUGCAGUGGCCAACCGAGCCAAGGGCGGAGGCUGUGAAUGUGAAGAGUACUACCCCAAGUGUGAGGUAAUGUUCAUGGGAAUGGCCAACAUCCACGCCAUCCGAAACAGCUUCCAGGCCCUCAGAACAGUCUGCAGCCAGAUCCCGGAUCCCGGAAACUGGCUCUCAGCCCUCGAGAGCACCCGCUGGCUCCAGCACCUGUCCGUCAUGAUGAAGUCUGCUGCGCUGGUGUGUUCGGCGGUGGAGAGGGAAGGCCGUCCCGUCCUGGUACACUGCUCGGACGGCUGGGAUCGCACACCCCAGAUUGUAGCCCUGGCCAAAAUUAUGCUGGACCCUUACUACAGAACUUUAGAGGGUUUCCAGGUGCUCGUUGAGACCGAGUGGCUGGACUUCGGCCAUAAGUUCGGGGACCGCUGCGGGCACCAGGAGAACGCCGACGACGUGAGCGAGCAGUGUCCCGUCUUCCUGCAGUGGCUGGACUGCGUCCACCAGCUGCUCAAGCAGUUCCCCUGCCUGUUCGAGUUCAACGAGUCCUUCCUGGUCAAGCUGGUGCAGCACACGUAUUCCUGUCUCUACGGGACGUUUCUGUGUAACAACGCUCGGGAGAGGGAGGCGAGGAACAUCUACAAGCGAACCUGCUCGGUGUGGUCGCUGCUUCGCUCUGGAAACAAGAACUUCCAGAACUUCCUCUACAUCCCCAGCCAUGACAUGGUGCUGCACCCGGUCUGCCACACCAGAGCGCUCCAGCUGUGGACGGCCGUCUACCUACCCACCUCCUCCCCCUGCACCGCCGUGGACGACUCGGUGGAGCUCUACCAUCCCCCGUCCAUCACCGGCGACGAGCUCACCCCCCGCUCCCUGGACAGGCUUCCUAAGACUCGCUCCAUGGACAACUUACUGUCGGCUUUUGAGAACGGGGCGCCUCUGACACGCACGUCCAGCGACCCCAACCUCAAUAAGCACUGCCAGGACGGUCGCCCUGCACUGGAACCCUCGCCUGCCGCGGAAGAGGCCUCGGCAGACGUCUGUGACGAGUUCCUGCCGGCCUUACGUCAGAGUCCGGCCGAGACCUCGGAGGACCUGCCGCCCGCAGAGACGAGUGAAGACACACUGGAGGAGCCCUGUCUCACCACGCAGCCGCUGCCCUCCCCGCCCCUCCCCCCCAUCCCUCUCUGUCAGGACGCCACAGCUGCUCACACUGCCUUUUCCACUCCGGUCCUCCAGCAAGCCUUGCCUCAGACCACGAGCCCCGCGCUCCCGCCGCCUCCCGCCGAGGCCGAGAGUCCCUGUCGGACCGCAGAAAGCACCACGUCACCUUCUCAUAAAUCGGAGCCAUGUUUACCUCUCCCCUGCAAGAGCGGCCGGCCGCCGGCCGACUCGCCCUCCUCGCUGCUGAACGAUUGCGUCGACGGUCCAGAAAGCGGCCGUCCCGAACACGUGAGCCUGCUGGCGCUGAAGCAGCUCACCCCUCCGCUGGAGGACUCCACCGAGACGCUCACCGACGAGGCCGAGCUUCCUCCAAACCCGCCCGGCGCAGACCUUCACCAGGAUCCUUCAAGCGACGAAGAGAAGGCCGAAGCCCAGAAGGAGAAAGAGGAGGCAAGGACAGACGUGUCGAGAGGGAGGGAGCGCGACUGCAGCCAGCUCGCCGCUCGCCACUUGAUCUCGCAGAGCCAUUUCUCCGACCUGGCGCUGCUGAGCUCCCACUGGGAGAGCGUCCAGGGUCUGGUGCAGUCCGCCGGCGGCCGGCCUCAGCAGCCCGGCGUCUACCAGAGUCGGCGGCUCGCCGGUAAGCUCCUCCGCACGCAGGGCGUCGCGGCCGCCAGCGUGUCUCAGUGUUGUCGCCGGGAGGCGCUGUGUUGCCCCAGCAGCCCCGUGCAGCCCGCCUGGCUGUCGGGCGCCAGGAGCACGGGCUACCUCGGCCUGUACGGGCCCGCCGCCGCCGCCCUCAACGGUCACUCGCUGGCGUCGUUCUCCUCGCCCUCUGCCUCCAGCUCCCCUCCCCCGCCCCAGGCCCCCGCCUACCUCGACGACGACGGCCUGCCGGUGCCCCUGGACGCCGUGCAGCAGAGGCUGCGGCAGAUCGAGGCGGGCUACAAGCAGGAGGUGGAGGUGCUGCGGCAGCAGGUGCGCCAGCUGCAGAUGAGGCUGGAGAGCAAGCAGUACGGCACGCCGCCCUCCGAGCCCGACAUCGACUACGAGGAUGACAUCACGUGUCUGCGGGAGUCGGACAACAGCAACGAGGAAGACUCCGUGUCCACCCACAGCGAGGACCGUCUGUCCGAGGGCAGCUGGGACCGAGUGGAGCGCAAGGACACCGAGGUGACCAGAUGGGUGCCCGACCACAUGGCCUCGCACUGCUUCAACUGUGACUGCGAGUUCUGGAUCGCCAAGAGACGCCACCACUGCAGGAAUUGUGGAAACGUGUUCUGUAAAGACUGCUGCCAUCUGAAGCUGCCCAUCCCGGACCAGCAGCUGUACGACCCCGUGCUGGUGUGCGUCACCUGCCACGACCUGCUGCUGGAGUCGCGCACCCGCGAGAUCCGCAGCCAGCAGCUGAAGAAGGCCAUCGCCACAGCCUCCAGUUGAGAGAAGCGCCCCGUAGCGUCGGCCCGCCUCGGCUCCGUCCGAGCCGCUGUGACCCCCGACCUGCUGUUGGUUUUCCCUGCAGAGAGCGAGAGAGGGGAGGGGGGUGAGGAGGAAUUGUUACGUUUUGGAGGGGAGGUGAGAGGAAGGCAGGUCGGCCGGUGGGAGAGGGAGCGACUCCCUCCAACUCCAGACAUUUUUCAAGGCUUGGAGGGCCGCAGCGUCCCCGCCGCCGCCGCCGCCGCCUCCGUACGGCUCCGUCCCGCCCGAGACACAUGUCCAACCCGCCGCCACACCCGCACCCUCCCGACAGCACUACAGAGGACAAUCACUCACCCUUCCACGUGUCGGGGACUCCGAAGCCUGUACCUGUUCAACUGGAGGCUUUCCACUUUAAAAAGAAAAGAAUUGCUGCUACAGUAUUUAAAAGUCUAAUUUUGUAUUCUUAUUUUGUGCACUACUAGCUGUUGUGUGUUUGAGGGAAUCUGAGACCAAACUUGAGCAAAAGGGAGAAAUCUGCUGUUUACUUUGUCAUUGCAUCAUGUUUUCUCGGAGCCUGAAUGUAACAGUUGAUGGGUAACUGGACGGCGUUUCUGUUCAUGUACAUUUGGUGGCUCGUAUGUGUUCAUUGCUGCAAUGUGCUCUCAAACUUGUGUAUAUGCCCGGUCUGUGGUUCUGUCUUUUAUCAGUGCUUCUCUUCCGCGGCGCGGCCUCGUGGCAGCGGGAGGCCCUCUGCAGGGGGGGCCCCCGGGCGCCGGCGGGCUGAUGCAACGCCGCCUUGUUUGUUUUGUGCGAUGUGUGCUCGCUGUGUCAAGAGGAAGCAGACGGAGCGAGGCUGGGAGACGGCAGGUUUCUGGAAAGUCACGUCUGGUGCGAGUUUGAAGUUGCUGGAAGACCGAGGGGGGGUGGGGGUAGGGGGGGCGCGUACCGAGGGUUCCUGUGAUUGAAUUAGUGUCCGCAUUAAACUUGACGUCCAUCUGACUGAUGACUCGUCUUCGUGUGGCGAGCCGGCAGGACACGCCGCUGACGGGAAGAGACUGAACCAGGUGUCUGGAGUCGUUCUGUUCGGGGAGUUUGGCCACAGCCCCCCCUCUUUAUAAAAUGUGUUUGUGUCUACUGGUCGUUCCUUGAGACAAUAGUGCCAUAUUUUAUUUCGUCUAUUUUUAAAGCCUUUUUGUUUCUUACCGAUGGCAGCAGGUUUCUAAUUGGCCUCCUCUGUAUUUACUAAUGGUACAGGUAGUUAGCUGCUUAAUAACACUGAGGCAACUAAAGAUGGUGGAGUUGGCUAACGAGGCUAACCACGUCACUAUACGAUGGGAUAUCACUGAAUUAGUUAAUCUCUGUGGUUACCCGUUCUUAAUAAUUGGGAUAUGUUUGCACGGUGGUUAUGAAGACAAAAAUCCUUUAAAGAGGAGCUCAGAUAUGUAACAUAUUAGUUAUCUGAUCUGUAGUGGUGGCUAAAAAUUGGCACUAAAUGAAUAAUUGUUGUAAAGAAAUGCACUGUAAAACUUAAAUCCCAUGGGUUAAAUAAAGAUUAUAUCAAGAGUC